AUGGCGCCGGCGCCAAAGAAAUAUGAUUACAUCGUGAUCGGAGGCGGGAGUGGUGGAUCAGGCGCGUCACGACGAGCUGCCGGAUGGUACGGAAAGAAGGUGGCCCUGAUCUCGGAAGGCAUAUCUGGCGGCUGCUGUGUCAAUGUGGGAUGUGUGCCAAAGAAGAUGACCUGGAACAUGGCCACCGUGAAAGAAACAAUGGAGAAGGCGACACGCUACGAGUAUAAGGUCCCGGAGGAUCUGCCGUUCGACUUCCACAAAUUUGUCGACAAGCGACACGCCAAAAUCAAGCAGCUGAACGGCAUCUACGAGACCAACUGGGCCAAGGACGGAAUUGAGCUCAUUCACGCCAGAGCUACGUUCGUCUCUGAUCACGAGCUCGAGAUCAAGCCCAACGAUGGCGGCGACGCCUACCGAAUCACAGCCGACCACAUCUGCAUAGCGACUGGUUCGUACCCCACGAAACCGAAAGACAUCGAAGGCUCGGAGCACGGUAUAACGUCAGAUGAGUACUUCUCGAUCGCCGAGCUGCCAAAGAAGAUGGCCUUUGUUGGUGCCGGCUAUAUCGCCGUUGAACUGGCAGGCGUCAUGCAGGCCCUCGGCGUUGAGACUCAUCUAUUUAUCCGAGGGACGACGUUCCUGCGCAAAUUUGACCCCAUGGUACAAGAUAUCCUGACCAAGCACUACGAGGAGAUGGGCGUGACUAUCCACAAGGAGCACCCAGGCUUUAAGAAGGUUGAGUUGCUGCACCCUGGUUCAAAGGACAAUACGGAUCCUCGGCAGAAGGAGCUCAAACUCACUUCGAAAGAUGGUUCGGAGCUGGUCGUGAACGAGUUGCUGUGGGCCAUCGGGCGAGGCGCUGAGACGAGGAACCUGGGUAUUGAAAAUACUGGGGUCAAGCUCGACAAGACUGGUCAUGUCAUUGUUGAUGAGUACCAGAACACUACUGCGGAAGGUGUGUAUGCUAUUGGUGAUAUCACCGGCCAGGCAGAACUCACGCCCGUUGCCAUUGCUGCUGGUCGGCAUCUGUCGAAUCGUCUGUUCAGUGGCAAGAAGGAAUACUCUACGGCUCACCUGAACUAUGAGAAUAUCCCAACAGUCGUUUUCGCACAUCCUCCCGUCGGUACAGUCGGCCUCACAGAACCAGAGGCGGUGGAACGUUAUGGCAAGGACAACGUCAAGGUGUACGAGACCAAGUUCUCGAACAUGUUCUACUAUGUCUUCCCGAAAGAGGAAUCCGCCAAAGCUCCCACAGCACUGAAGAUGAUUGUGUAUGGCGAGGAAGAACGGAUCGCUGGUAUCCACGUCCUGGGUGAAGGCAUGGAUGAAGCUGCACAGUUCCUUGGCGUUGCUGUCAAAUUGGGAGCGAGGAAGUCGGACUUUGACGGUACAGUCGCCAUCCACCCGACCUCUGCUGAGGAGUUAGUCACGAUGCCUCCACAGAUGGCAAGAGCUGCGAAAGCAUGA